AUGGCAGAAAUAAAACAAGCCUGUUAUGACGGUACGGAAGAUGUAGAUUUGUGGCUUAUGAAAAUGAAGUUCGAUUUUUCUACAAAGAACUUUGAAGGUAAACAAGAAGCUCACGCCAUAGCGAGUAAACUCGAGGGGGCGGCGUUUCUAUGUUUUGCGAGAUUAGACGAUGAACUUCAAGAUGACCCAAAAGAAGUUAAAGCCGCUUUAAGGAAGGAAUUCGACAAAGAAUCGAUCGACCAUGAGAAAGCUGUCGACGAAUUACGAGGUUUAGGGUGAAAAGGCGGUGAAACACCAGCACAGUUAGCGUGGAGAAUCGAAAAGUUGAUGGCGAAGGCUUACCCGGAGUUAUGCGCGUCAACACACGGAUCGGCAAAGAAAACAAAGGAACAAAUGUUACAUGAUACCUUUUUGGGAGCUAUUGACAAUGCAAUGAGUCGAAAGAUAAAGAGCGACAGUAAGCAUCGAGAUUUAAAUUUAACACAACUUUCUGAAGAAUUAGAUCGGCUCGAGCUAAUUUAUAAAACAACAGCGCCUAAAGUAAACCUCGAAGUAAACAAUUUCAAAACGACAGGGGAAGCAGACGAAAUAUCGUUAAGAAAGAUAAUCAGAGAAGAGAUAGCAGCCGCCCUAUCAAAAGAAAACGAUGGAAGUCGGGAAACGGAGGACGAAACAAAACGUACGGUCGGGUUCGUUGGAAAGAGAAAUUUCCCGCCAAAACCUAGGAGUGGAAAAACCGGUAAAAAUCAAGCGUGUUUCCACUGCCAGUCGCCUGAACAUUUUCGGAAAGACUGUCCAUUUACAGAUCUUGGUCAACGCUGCUGGCAAAAGGGCCAUACAGCACCAUCUUGCCAUGCUCCAAGCCCUCGCCCUUCGCCGUCUUUAAACUCCAAGGCGGCUGGGAACAAUCGUCAGCAAAAAUAAAUUCGUUCUCAGCCGCGAAGAAAUUUAAUACACUAACUGGUACAGUGGUUCAGUCUGGAAGCAGAGAGUUCAAGCAUGAGUUUAUUUGUGAUUCUGGAGCAGAGGUUUCAGUUAUUCCAACGGCGUUAGCACAAGAACAUUACAUGAAAAUUCAACCAACUACACGUCACGUAGAGAUGGCUAAUGGGACGCACGCAGAAUGCAGAGGUGUGGUUCAAACAUCAGUUACGGUAGGGACAAAUAGUUGUAUAUUGAGUUUUUUUGUGGUAAGUGGUGUUCAAAACGGGAUUCUGGUCCUGGACUCUUUGUGAAAAUUGGGUGUAUCGUUGAACACAAGAAAAAAAUUGGCAACAAUAGAUGGGGCCCAACCCGUGUUACAAUCGGAAGUAGAUAUCCCUCAGGAAAUGCUAAAGUGUUGCCACAUACGAGUCGCGGAAUGUCGUGAUAUUAAGCCAUUUGAAGAAAUAUUCAUUUGGGGGUAAAUUGGAAGAUAAGAAUGAAAAAUUUACUAGAGAUUCGUAUAUCGAAGGUACGGAACAUUUUCAGCAGAGAACUGGGCUUCUUACAUCCCCGAUAAAGAUUUCGGCAGAAAUGAUGAACGAUGAAAACAAAAUCCCCAUAUGCGUCCUGAAUACUACUGAUAAAUCAAUCAGAGUUUAUAGAGAACAAACUUCGGCCACAAUUCAGGAACUGCCAAGUACCCACAACAUAGCACAUAUUUCAGAGUCAAAUAUGGGGGGGGGGGAAUAAUCCAUCAUCACAAUAUGACCCGGUCGCAGAAGUAUCAGUUGGUGAACAAUUGACAACACAACAAAGAGAAAACCUAGAAGUUUUAAUUCGAAAAAAUACACAAGUUUUCGACUACCCAGGAAACAGUGGGUUCACCACAACAAUAGAGCACACAAUAUACCCACAGCCGUAUCUGAUCCAAUUGUGUGCCACCCCAGACGACACAACCUGGUGUUAACACAAAAAAUUAAUGAACCAGUAGGAAACCAUGUAAAGUCGGGACAUUUGACACCCUCUAAGUCCCCUUGGGCAUUUCCAAUUGUACCUGUAUUGAAACCAGAUAAAACAGAUCGAUUGUAUGUAGACUACAGACCACUUAACAAAAUUACCCAGAAUGACCCAUAUCCAACUGGAAAUUUGCAAGAGGUUCUAGACAAUCUAUCAGGUGCUAACUAUUUUGGUGUUAUUGACUUGGCCCAAGGUUAUUUGCAGGUCCCACUGGCCAAGGAAGAUCGACCAAAGACAGUGUUUCGAUCACCUACUGGUUUUUGGGAAUCGACAAGAAUGCAAUAUGGUUUAAAAGGAAGUUCGGCAAAUUUUUCUCGGUUGAUGCAGAGGGUUCUAGGACACAUUCCACCACAUCGGUUGGCAUUGUACAUGGAUGAUAUCUGUAUUAUUAGCAAAACGUUUGAGGAACAUUUGGUAAAUCUCCAGGGAGUAUUUGAUGCAUUGCGACAGCAUGUAUUACGAGUUAAAGCUAAGAAAUGUGCUUUCGCAAUGAAAGAAGUGAAAUUUCUUGGACACAAAGUUUGCAACAAGGGUGUGCAGCCAGAGGAACAAAAAGUAAAGGCAAUUCGUGCAUGGGUUGCACCAACUUGUCUUAAAGAGGUGCAAAUGUUUUUGGGUGCAGUUGGGUGGUAUCGGAAGUUUAUCAAGGAUUUUAGUACAAUUGCUCGACCGUUAACAUGGCUUUUGGAGAAAGAUGUCACAUUCACUUGGGGUAAGGAGCAAGAUGAUGCAUUCAAUACACUUAGACAUGAGUUGGUUAAAGCUCCAGUAUUAGCCCAUCCUGACCCCACUCGACCCUUUGUUGUUACAAUUACAUCCGGUUGCAUAUUUCAGUCGUGCAUUGACCAAACGAGAACGUUCAUAUCCAACUUAUGACAGAAAAGUGAUGGCUAUGCGAGACACGCUUAAGCAUUUUCGGUGUUAUCUGUUAGGAGCACAAGUAGUGACGAGGACCAACCUCAAACCUCUUCUAAAGAUCCUGGAACAGAAAGAUCCAUCUGGACGAAGAGCGACAUUGAUGAGAGAUAUAGCAAAAUUCGAACCACGCAUGGAGUUUAUUUGAGGGCAGGAUAAUCACAGGGCAGAUGCUCUUAGUCGGAUCGGAUGGAAUGUCAAGUGGGAAGAGAGAGGCGAGGAUACUAGUAAAGUGGUUACUAUCGGUGGCUCUCAAGACGAGAUUGGUCCAUGCAAGGAUGUAAGGUUGGACAUAAAUGAUUUCCAAUUGCAACAAGAACGUGAUCCAACCCUUAAGCCUCAUAUUUCCACUCAUUGUAUCCUGUCGCCUAUGUGCAUUUGUAACACGGAACAUGAAACAGUUGCCCAUUAUUUGUUAAGAUGUCCCCGUUAUGCUGCUCUUAGACAUAACUUACACUCGAGUGCUGCACAAGUGUUUGGUGAUAAUUGGUAUCUAUUGUCAGAUUUGCAACGAGUAAAUAUUCUUCUAUCUGGUUCUACUAGAUUGAAUAUUUCCGAGAACCAAACUAUUUUUAAAUCUGUCCAGUACUAUAUAAAGCAAACUGAACGUUUUUCUUAGUUCAACCUACCAAUUAUCGCUUUUGUCUUUUGUUGUGUGCUUUAUGGAGUUUUAACUCUCACAAAAUUAAUGUAAAUGUUGCGUGAGCCCCUUUGAUGAGCUAUUGCUCUUGGGCAAACGCAAUUUCAAUAAAUAUGUUUAUACAAAAAUUAUUGUACAUGUGUUCGGAGUAAUACAAUAUUUAAAUUUACAGUCGCCCAAUGUCGCUGCGACUUAAGGCGACUUUUGGACCCGGAGUAGGCCUGAAUUUGGUAUGAAAUGCGAUAUUUUACUUCAUAUAAUGCGAAAGUAGGAUAAACGUUUUCACAGUAAGAAUAUUCUGACAUUGCUUGGCUACUAUUUUUUAAUAAUCAUAUAGCCCGAAAUUGACCAUGCAUGCAUUUAAAACAACGUUACUACAGUUUGUGUUAAUCAGCCGGCCUGCUUGGAAUCUAUUGAAUGCUCACUGUAAAGUGUUUUUCAAAUGAGUUGAUUUCUAUUAGGCCUGUUGGUUUAAUUAAUUAACUCCCUAAGUCAGCGUGAAUCUUUUUUUCGUGCGACUGCAGUCGUUGACAUUGUAGUGAUAGUGUAUAUGAAAAACUAUAAAGGCUGCAAGAUGCGUCAGUUUUUAGAAAAAAUAACAAAAAAGCACCGUUCAAAUUCACGUGAGACAUCAAGCCAAGUUAAAUAUCUAUAGUUUGGUGUGUUCAAAUUUAUCUCAACCUAAUUACUCACUGGGCAGAAAACACGGUUUUAAAUACGUCCGCGCUUUGACAAAAAAGCACAAAUAUCGCCAAAAUCGAGUUCAAAACGAAUGUCUUUUCCUCAAGAAUUUCAUUGAUAAUUGAAGAUUUGUGUUGUUUAGAUAUCGUCUUUUCUGCACAAAUGAGUAUCGCAGUCGCGAAUCUAUUGUCGUGCGGAGUAUAUGGAAAACUAUAAAGGCUGCAAGAUAUCUCCGUUUUAUGAAAAAAGCUAUCUCCGUUUUACGUGUGACAUAAAGUAAAGUUAAUUUAAAUGUCUUUAAUAUGUUGUGUUCAAAUUUAUCUCAACCUAUCUCUUGCACAGGGCAGGAAACAAAUAUUUUCAUCGCUCGAGUAAAAUUUUUGCCCUGACAUUUUUUUUCAACGAGUGUUCAGUAACAAACAACCCAAGCGGUUACAUACAUGUGAUAUAACUUAUUAAAUAAUAUUUCAAAUUUUAAUUAACGAAACAUAAUUACUUUGCAUUUAAAUCCCUUGUUUUCUAGUUUGCUUGUUUACAUUUUUUUUUGCCAUUUUGUACACGAUUUUCUCAAUUUUUUGAAGAAAGCGAGUCCCCCGCCCGUGUCAGCGCGUUUCCCCGCCCGUGUUUUAUAGCGCCCUGGUUCGAAUUAGUUUUACCAGUGAACAAUCGUGGUCAAUUCAUUUAAGUAUCAACAAUUCUACAUAUUGAAUUGCAAGGAACUUUAAGUUCGUUCUUUCUUACACUUACGCUUACAUUUCAUUUCGGUAUUAUCUAGAUACUAUAUUCCCAAUCCAGACACCCAAGGUUUGGUUUUCUCUCGAAACAAACCACAAGAGUCGGUAAAAGGCAAUGAAAUAACCGCGACGCCCACUAAUGGUAUGUAUUGUACUGCGUGGUUCAAUCACGGUAGGAGCCCGUCGCCGACUACUGGGAAAAACGAAUAUGAAUAUGCCGUGCAAGUAGACGCAGAACCAGUUGGUGGAUCAUCAAAACUACUUCUUGUUCCUGGAAACAGUUACAGCGUUAUAAUGAAAGCUGACACAGCGCAUUUGUAA